AUGAUUCCUCUCGCGGCAUUGGUCGCUCUCUUUAUCACCACACUCGCUCGUGCAGAUGAAGAUAUCUAUAUCGACGGGGCGCUCAACGGCGGUUGGCAAAACUGGGGAUGGAACACUGACAUCAACUGGGCCGCCACCGACCUCAAAGUCGGCGACUCGUCAAUCUCGGCCACGUCCCAGGCAUGGUCCGCCAUCUCCCUCAAAGACCCGACAACGUUUGGCUCGUAUGCAGGCCUAAAGUUUGACAUUGCUUGCAACCCAAGUCAGCUCCAGCUCUAUUUCCAGAGCACCACGGAUAACUCGCAGUCUGCGACGAUUCCUAUUUCCGCGCUUAGCAACGCGAUCAAUCCCAACUCGUUCACUACGGUUGUUGUCGACUUCAAUGCUCUUCCACCGAGUGGCGCCCCGCUCGGGCCCGGCACGUGGGACAGAAUCAACUGGCAGGCACUUGGUGACGGUGCAACGUACCAUCUUGACAAUAUUCGACUCCUUACGUCGAUUAUCGUCAAACCCGAGUUCCUAAGUGCAGAACCUAUUGCCAACAACAUUCUCGCCGUGACCACGCAAGGCACCGUCGACUUUCAGAACCUCACCGUCUCCCUCAACAAUGCCACGAUCUCGGUGACAAAUAUUACGACGUUCAGUCCUGCAGACACACCAUCCCGCACCAUCAACUACCUGAAGCUCGCCUCCAACCUCCAACCUGGCUUGAUCAAAGUCAAAGCUGGCUCUCUCGACGUCAGCUAUACCCUCCCGACGGUGCAAUAUGCGAGCAUUGUGACUGCGGUCUCCACGCCUAUCAGUCCACUCAUCUAUGGCGUCAACUGGCCGCCUUCUGCUUCGUAUAUCCAACAGCUUGGUGUUACGAUCAGUCGAUGGGGUGGAAAUGCUGUCACGGCGUACAACCCGUUCGGAGACUUUACCAACGCGGCAAACGAUUGGUUCUUUGAGAACCGCAAAGCGGACGGCGGCAAUGCUGACUCGUGGAUCGGGUGGAUCAAGGCAGCAGGAAGCCAGGCCAUGAUGACGAUUCCAGCCUUGGAUUGGGUUGCCAAGGACGCAACUUCGUACUCUUACCCGAAGAGUAUCUAUCCUAACCAGCAGCGGUUCGACCCAUACAAUGCCGAUGCCGGCAACGGUCUCUACCCGAACGGCUCGUACAUUCAACCUCCUCCGGACCCGAAUAGAGCCUAUGUGCCCUGGAACACGACUGCCGCUAAGAAGUGGCUCACGGGACUCACGAACAAGCCCGAUUUUGUGUUCAUCGACAAUGAGAUUGAAAUCGCGCACAGCACCCAUCAAGAUAUCCACCCGCAACCAAUGUCCUAUGAUGAAGAGCUGGACCGCAUGGUCACCUACGCCAAGAUGGCAAAGGAGGCUCUUCCAAACGCCAAAGUCGCUGCUCCUUCCAGUUGCUCUUGGUGGUUCUACUGGACGAGCGCAGUCGGCUAUUCUGACAAUGCCGCUCACUGGAACAUUGAUUUCCUUCCGUGGUUCCUGUCGCAGAUGAAGACUGCCUCGACUACUGCAGGCAAGCGACUUCUCGACUACCUUGACAUCCACUACUACUUCCAGCCUGAUCUUAGUGCCAACGACGCAGCGGCCAAGGCUCUCCGUCUGCGCAUGACGCGUUCACUCUGGGAUCCAUCGUACGUCGACGAAUCAUGGGCCGGCUCGAACCCUCAAAACCACCAACCCAAUCCUACGGCUAUCUGGCUGAUCCCACGGAUGAAGCAGCUCAUCGACAUCAACUACCCUGGAACCAAGCUCUCCAUUUCCGAGUGGUCCUCCACCGCCGAUGGUGAUAUUACCGGUGGUCUCGUCACGGUCGAUGUCCUUGGUCUUUUCGGCCGUUAUGGUGUCGACGUCGCUACCUACUGGUCGAACCCCGACUCUAAAGGCCCUGUCGGACUGGCGUACUGGCUCUACCGUGGCUUCGGUACCUACUUUGGCUCCAAGACUGCUCAAGUCAACUUUGCGACGAGCAAUGCGGCUAACACGUACGGUAUCUACGCAGCGACUGAGGGCAACAAGCUCUCGAUGGUCAUUGUGAAUAAGGAUACCAAACCACUGGGUAUGGACCUCAGCAACGUUCCGCAUGGCAACUACUUUAUGCGCCAUUUCGGUGGUGCUGCCGGAGUCGCCAAGUGGCAGACGACUGUCUCGAUUACCAAUCGUCAGUAUAUCGUCGUCCCCGCGUAUACUGCCGUUUUCCUCAUCCAAGCAUAA